AAGAGUCUCCGGACUCUAAAGCUACUAUAAGCACGUGCAUGGGGGGUCUCCGAGGCAUAUUCAACAUUGAUGCCGAGCAUUACCAAAUUGAGCCCGUCAAGACCUCUCCCAGCUUUGAACAUGUCGUGUAUCUCCUGAAGAAGGAGCAGUCUGGCAGCCAGGCUUGUGGUUUAAGUGAUGAUGAGCUAGAAUGGCAGAUGGCCCCUUAUGAGAAUCAGGCUAGGCUAAGGGACUUUCCCGGAUCCUAUAAGCACCCAAGGUAUUUGGAAUUGGUCCUGGUCUUUGAUCAAAGUAGGUACAGGUUUGUGAACAGCAAUCUUUCUCAAGUCAUACAUGAUGCCAUGCUUUUGACUGGGAUUAUGGACACCUACUUUCAAGAUGUUCGUAUGAGGAUCCACUUGAAGGCUCUCGAAGUAUGGACGGAUUUUAACAAAAUACGCGUUGGAUAUCCAGAGUUAGCUGAAGUUUUAGGCAGAUUUUUGAUAUAUAAAAAAAAUGUAUUAAAUGCUCGGCUCUCAUCAGAUUGGGCACAUUUAUAUCUUCAAAGAAAAUUUAAUGAUGCUCUUGCGUGGUCAUUUGGAAAAGUCUGUUCUCUAGACCUUGCUGGAUCAGCGAGCACUUUACUAGGUACAAAUAUCCUUGCCCCUGCCACCUGGUCUGCUCACGAGCUGGGUCAUGCCGUGGGGAUGCUACAUGAUGAACAAUACUGCCAGUGCAGGGGUAGGCUUAAUUGCAUCAUGGGCUCAGGACGCGCUGGGUUUAGCAAUUGCAGUUACAUCGCUUUUUUUAAACACGUCUCUUCAGGAGCAACGUGUCUAAAUAACAUCCCAGGACUUGGUUAUGUAGCUAAGAGAUGUGGCAACAAAAUCGUAGAAGACAAUGAGGAAUGUGACUGUGGUUCCCCAGAGCAGUGUAAUAAAGAUCGGUGUUGCCAAUCAAAUUGUAAGUUGCAACCAGGUGCCAACUGUAGCAUCGGACUUUGCUGUCACGAUUGUCAGUUUCGUCCAUCUGGAUAUGUUUGUAGGCAGGAAGAAAAUGAAUGUGACCUUGCAGAGUACUGUGAUGGGAAUUCAAGUUACUGCCCAAAUGACGUUUAUAAGCAGGAUGGAACCCCUUGCAAGUAUGAAGGCCGUUGUUUCAGGAAGGGGUGCAGAUCCAGAUAUAUGCAGUGCCAAAGCAUUUUUGGGCCUUAUGCCAGGGAGGCUCCCAGUCAGUGCUAUGAUGCAGUUAACUUAAUAGGUGAUCAAUUUGGUAACUGUGAGAUUACAGGAAUUCGACAUUUUAAAAAGUGUGGCAGUGAAAAUUCAAUAUGUGGCAGGCUACAGUGUAUCAAUGUCGAAACCAUCCCUGAUUUGCCAGAGCAUACGACUAUAAUUUCUACUCAUUUACGGGCAGAAAAUCUCAUGUGCUGGGGCACAGGUUAUCAUCUAUCCAUGAAACCCAUGGGGAUACCAGAC